AUGACCACAGAAAUUGAUUUUUUAAGACAGAACAAUUUUAAAAUCAUAUGGAAUGAGAAUUGUUACAUUGUUUCAUUUCACACUAAGCAGUAUUUAAAAGAGAGGCUGAUGAAGCUGUCUUGCCAUGAAGAAUAUCUCGUUUUACAGGUGAUCAUUACUUCAUUAAUUGCAAAACUAACAGACACACGCAACUUCAUAUCAAUUGAAGAAGAGAAAGUUUCAACAAUCAAGGAAACAUUGAGAUUAUUACUAAUGCCAUUUAGUUUUCUCUUAGACAAAUUUAUAGUUUACCAUUGCAAUGGCAUUGCUAUGAAGAAGUUCACACGCCAGCAAGUUUCUAUAAGAAAAAAAAACCCUUUUUUGCGUUCGCAAACGCCCACCUCUAGAAAGAAGGCCGCAAAGCAUAAGCAGAAAAUAACUCCAAAAUGGGGGGUAAGUAAACAGUAA